AUGGCUACAGGCCACUCGCGGGAAUCAAAUGAACUCGAAGCUCAACACCAUGGAUACGAACACCUUGCAUUCAAGAAUACUUACUUGAAUCGCCUCUUCACUAGAAUUGCCCUUCGCACCACAGGUCGCUUUUAUGCUCGCAACGGACCAUGUGUUCCAAUCUCCAAACACCGGAUAGUUAAGGCAGGAGACUUGGUUCAUCUGACUGAGGCGGCUACAAUGCAGUUCGUAGCCAAUCACACAUCCAUACCAGUUCCCAAGAUCUACUGCUCUUUUAUUUGGAAUAAUAGAGCUUACAUCGUGAUGGAGAGUAUCCAAGGUGAACCACUAUCGAAUGCUUGGUCGAGGCUGUCAGAGACAGCACGACAAUCUAUCUUUACUCAGAUAAGAGAUUACAUCGAUGAAUUACGACGUAUAGAACCUCCAGGACCUCAAGUCCAGAGCUCAGUUGGUGGGUCGCUUCGAGACCUACGGAUCGGCCAUGGCUAUCCUCGAUUUGGGCCUUUCAACUCCAUACGAGAAUUUCACUUCUGGCUAAGAGAGGGCAUGGUUGACUCGUCAGAGGCUCAUAAGGGUAUCAACGAGGAGGAACGUCAGGAGAUGCAAAAAAUGAUCACAAUGCAAGACAAAGAUCGGCCGAUGCCGGUUUUCACUCAUGGGGACUUAAAUCCAACGAAUAUCAUUGUACGUGGGGAAAAAAUUGUGGGGUUCGUUGAUUGGGAGUUUUCAGGCUGGUUCCCUGAUUACUGGGAGUAUACCACUGCGUAUUGCGGAAAUGUGGUGACAACUGAUUGGCAAGGUCUUAUACAUAACUUCCUGGACGAAUUUCCUGAUGAGCUAGCUAUGGAAAUCAUACGCCAUAAAUGGUGGGGGGAAUAA